AAACCCGAGCGCCAGGAGGACUCGGCUCAUCAGUCGGUGUCAUCAAUGACGUCUCACCUGUCGGUCACUCUUCAACAGGCUGCACCUCCACUUGUGCGUAAUGUUUAACGCCGUUCACCAGGGUCGCAAAUACGUCCCCACGCGCUCGUCGGUCACGGAUGACUCUCCAUUACCCGUGCGGACUGUUCUCAUCAACAAAUCCCCCGGGACGCUGAGCGAGGCAGCGGAGGCUACUUGGCCGUCGCCGGGCGCUAAGAUGCGGAUCUCUAAAGCCAGCAAGGGCGCGGUGGUGGUGCGGGCGGUCCGGAGGCACCCUCCGUCUCCUCAGCCGGCCAGACUGGAGAGCCUGGAGGCGGCGUGGAGUGAGAGAGCGCACCCGGAGGGGAAAUCACCGGAGAUUUCACCGAGCCAUGACGGGAGAGACAGCGAGCCAGGAGCUGUCGGGAACGGGAUGGAGGGUCACGGAGGAGGACCACCGCGGGCCAGGAGGAGGGGGUUCAGACCCCCCGAUGUGAGGACCAUCUUCUCCCCCGGAGAGAGGGACCCCAGGGUGAAACAGGAGUCCGGGGAGGGACACACCUUCGAGCCUGGAGGCGGGAACACCUGGUGUGAUGUGUGCUGCAGCUACAUCUUCCAGCAUGGUCUCACCUGUGCAGGUUGUAAGUACGCGUGUCACGCUGCCUGUCGGGACCGAGUGUCACUGGACUGUCAUGCUGCAGCUUCACCUGUCAGUCAGGACCAGCUCAACAACAACACACCGCCACAUUCCCGCAUGGCGCCUGCAUCACUGCAGAUGACCAGCAGGCAGAAGCUCCGGAGAUGGAUCCGCGGUUGGCUGUAUCGGCUUGAAUUCAGCCAGCGCAAACCCCCCCAGCGGCAGGUUUUACGACGAGUUGUUGGCCAGCGGUAG